UCGAGCCUCGCGCGCCAUCGUGAUUGCAGUGGUGGGCACCUGGCAAGCGCCAACACGAAAAGUCACUCCAAAAGUUUUCAGACUUUUAGUGAGGAUUUCAAACUCGGGGUGACUUAACGGAACCAGACCGAGGGUAGCCCAGGUGAUGUGUCAAUCUGCGAUGUUGUCCGUCCUCACCCAUGUUUUGCUGUUAUCCAGCGGAACAUUGUGCUUGAAGCCUGAGGCGGGAGCAGGACUCCUUUCAGGUGCUCGAGACUUGCCAUGGCAGGACCAACUGUGCUAUGACUCACCCUCAGCACACGAAAGGAAGGGUGGCGGCACGCCUCCACCUGAGAGAAACCGUUCUGAAACAAACCUCCCACAACACCCUCACUGCUACUUCAGGAGCAUUUCACCUGGAUCAAGUCCUAAUAAGGCCUCUGGUAGCACCUGUUUGAACAUGCUGUGCGGGAUUGAUGAAAACUGGGAAACUUUGACUUGUGAUUUGGGGGUUCCCAAACUUCCUUCAGGCAGGCUGAACUCUGCUCUUGUGACAGUUAGCCUACAGCGCUCGAUGUUCCCCCAAAAUUAUACAAAAAUUAACCACGCGAGUAUGGAAUCUUAUGAACCUGUUGUUUGUGAAACAAAGGAUUCUUGCAUGUGCUCAAUUCCCAUUGGCCCUGCAAGUUUUGUUACCAUUGUAAAUGUCAUCCUAUCCGGCUGUGAAGCUGGACCAGUUCUGCUCAACGUACCAGCUCGACCUGUAAAACCCAGGAGUCCUUUGAACCUGUCACAUUUCCAGACCAUCAAGCCAGAACUGAUUUUACAGUGGGAUGAGCCAAAAGACUAUGUUUCCGGCGCAUUAAGAUAUGAAGUCCGAUACUCAAAUGACACUCGUCCUUCUUGGCAGGUGGUGUCGACAGGCCUGGAUCGCAGGUUGAUUCUGGGCCUGAAGCCUGAAGUCAACUACACGAUGCAGGUUCGCUGCUCUGGCCUUCAGGAACCUCCAUUGUGGAGCAACUGGAGUCAACCCUAUCUCAUCUACCUCGGCAUGGUGAGCUACAUCCCUGAAGAAGUUUUGGCCCAUACGGGGGAGAACGUAAGCGUUUAUUGUGUGUUCAACGACCACAGCAUCAAUGCCAACUCUGCCGUGUGGGUGCUGAACUUCCAACAGUCUGUCUCCCCCAGCCAGUAUCACUCAGUCAAUCAAUGGGUCAGUCACAUCACACUACAGCCAUCAGACUCUGGGAUGUAUGACAUGCUACAGUGUAGGGUUACAAAGGAGUGGAACCUCCCUUACAGCACCAUCUACAUAGAAGGAGCCUCUGUUGACAUCACAUGUAAAACCAGUGGUGAUAUUGAUGCUCUGACCUGUCGCUGGAAAAACACACCGUGGUUCAACCAACCCCAAAAACCAACAUUCCAGUUCUUAUGGUCUUAUCUACCCUGUGACGAGAUGGAGGAGAGAGAGAAAAAGGGCGAGAAAGUUGGAACGAUGGGGCCUAAAUGUGUGCCGAUCCUCGAGUCCGACCAACAAGUCUGCACCAUCAAGCCUAUAGAGAUGAAUUGCUACAAACUGUGGCUGGAGGGGCUGUCCCAUCAGGGCCCUUUCAGAUCCAAACCCUUCUACAUAUUACCUAUAGAUCAUGUAAAGCCCCACCCACCAACUAAUGUGACGGCAGUGAAUCUGAGAAGUGGGGUCCUGAGGAUCACAUGGGAGCCUCCGUCUUUUCCUGUACAGGGGCUCCAGUGUCAGUUCCGUCUCCGGUGUCCUUCUGCCUUGAGAGCUCAGCCAGAGUGGAAGCUCUAUGAUCCAGUGUCGGUACUGUGGGCGGAGGUUCCAAUUCCGGACAUGUGCCAGGUUUACACAGUUCAGGUGAGGUGCAUUCCCACCAACCUCACUGGCUACUGGAGCGACUGGAGUGUCUUGAACUACUCUAUACCCCAAAACAAUAGAGGAGACCCUACAGCCAACACGACGAUGCUGAUCAUCACCCUCCUCUCCAUCGUCCUCUUUGUCACCGUGGCCCUCUCCCAGAACCAGAUGAAACGGUUUGUGUGGAAGGAUGUGCCCAACCCAAAGAAAUGCUCCUGGGCAAAAGGACUCAACUUUAAGAAGGCUGACAACUUCCAGGAGCUCUUCCACGCCUCAGAUGUACUCCCAGCUUGGCCACUGCUGCUCCCCUCUGAGAACAUUUCCAAAGUGGUCAUCAUGGAAAAGGCUAACCUCUCAGUUCUCAGCACUGCCUUGGUCCGAAGUCCACUUAUGUCCCCAACUCCUGACAUAGUGUCCCUUCCUGCAUUUCUUGAGGGGAACCAAAAUAUCUCAGUGGGCAGCGAGGCUCUCUUGGGUGACAUUCCCCCAUCAGUCCUAGAUUUGGAUAUUUUAAGCACACCCAGCCCGCGGCUAGAUGAGCUGCAGCUCGUGGACGCCUCACCAAGUAUCAUGGAGAAUUCAGCCCAGUCUUCAGUAGCAUAUGCCACAGUGCUGCUCUCCAACCCAGAGCAGCAGCAACAGUCCAUUCAUCUCCACACCCGGGACGGCAGUGGCAGCAGCUCCAGUGACGAGGGCAAUUUCUCUGCCAACAACUCUGAUAUUUCUGGAUCUUUCCCCGGUGGCCUGUGGGAACUGGAGAGUUGCCAUGGCGGAGAGAUGGAGGACCCGCGUCGAUCCUGCUCCUACAACUCGGUGGAGGAACUUUCUGAAACGUCAGAUCAAGAAGAUGCGACAGAAGAGAAGGACUUGUACUGUCUUGGCAUGGACUAUCAAGCUGAGGAUGAGGAGGGUGCGGGAGAGGCCCAGCAGAAAGAAGAGCGGCGGAAAAGUGUUAUUUUGAACAGAGAUGACUGCUCAGCGGAGUCGCACCUUCCGCCCACUGAGGUACUUUCCUCAUCCACUUGCGUUUUAUCGCCACUCUACAUGCCACAGUUCAGGACUGCGCCGUACAUCAGGCAACUCCCGGAUUAAAAACCGCGUGAUUGGCACAAUGUUCCGUGUUCGAUUUCCUGUGUUGUGAACUGCAUCGUCACUAAAGACUUUCAAAUGGAAAUCAGUUCCUGCAGACUUUAAUUUACACAGAAUGUCCAACAGCGUCAAAAAGCUUCAAAUGGUAUGUGUGACUCCAGAGUGAUGUUCAUCGAUGCUGCUAUUUCUUUGUUCAGUGUGGGGUAAUGACCCUCGCAGUGGGCAUGUAUUUUGUUGUGAUUGGGUCCGUAGAUCCGAGUCCCAAGUUUUGGCCCGACCAAAUUGCUUCUUUGCAGUUGUUAUUCUGAAUAAAACAUGUGAGGUUCAAGAGAAUAUCCAGAGCGAAAAGAAUGCUGUCAAUUCAUAGAUUAUGUAUAUAAUAUACAAAGAUCUAAAGAGUAGCUGUGUAGAAACAUCUGCAUUUAUUAAUAUACACAGAUCAUUAUGUUGUUCUGAUUGUCCAGUGAGUCUAAAUCUGAAAACAGAAAAUGAAAGUGAACAUACUGAAAUAUGACAGCUGUUGUUGCACAUUUAUAUAUUGUCUAUUUUUCAUAGUGAAUAUAAAUUAUUUGUUAUUAGA